GUUUCGUAUUCUAUUUUCAACGGCUAACAAUAGAAAACUGCAGUUUGUAUCUCUACAAUUACAGGUAAGAAGAUGAAUAUGAAUAAUAAUAGUUAUUUACACAGUGAAAAUGUACUAUUAUAAUCUUGCAUUGGAUUACAUGAUUAUAUAGAAAAGUACAAAGAUUAGUGGUGCGUUAACUACAAACCAUACUUAAGCACAUAGCAACAUUUUGUACAUUUAAGCAUUUGACCUAAAACAUUUAGUCAAUUUAUUUUUAAUUGUCACUGAGCGCUUAAAGUAAUCUUUUGAUUCUGUGUUUGAAAUUGUUUCUACUUGUUUCAAAUCAAUUUUAGAGGUUUAGGGGAAGUGUCAAUAUGUAUAAUUUCAUUGGUAUAACUUGGUGAUACCUCAACUGAAUGCAAAAGAGACAACAUACAUAUUUAAUUAUUUUAUCUAAAGAAAUGUAUCCCACUUGAAUUAAAAAAAGAUGUUUACAUCUUGAAUUUAAUUUGCAUUUCGGAUUUGUGCUGAAAAUUGUCUUUACUACUUAAACUGAUAAACACAUUUGUUAGCUCUUCAAAGGAGCUUAUUCGUAAGUAAUCUUUUUCAGGUGUUCAAAAAAAUCUACAAGACUGGUUAUGCUGACAUGUUGCCAGGGCAGUUUCUGUUUUAAUAAACCUCAUUUACAAGACACAUGAUGUUGCAUGAGUGGUAUUUUCUCACACUAUGCAAGUCAUCCUGUUGUCAUAUGUAGCCUCCAUCCUGCAGUCUUAGUUUUGUUAUGAUAUAACAAUGUAUGAUUUGAUGAAUCACUAAAGGCACCUGAUGUUAGGCUGUCAUUCAUCUUAAGUUAUUUGUGUCUAUGCUGUACCAGGCUGAUCCUCUCCACAACAACAAUGAACAUCUCUGAGGAGGAAAUAUGGGACUUCUAUGGCAGUAAAUCCCACCAGGAAAAUGUGAUAUUUUCUACCUUUUACAUCUUCAUUUUCAUCAUCGCUGUACCUGGUAAUGCCUUGGCACUGUGGGCCUUCUUUCACCAGGACAUUACGUCUCCAUCAAAGGUUUUCCUGAGGCACCUGUCUGUAGCAGACAUGUCUUAUAUCCUCAUUUUACCCAUGCGUAUAGUUUACCACUUGUCUGACAGCCACUGGCCUUUUGGACAUGUAGUCUGUCAACUUGCAGGCUUCCUCUUUUACUUGAACAUGUACUGCAGCCUAUACUUAAUGAGUUUUAUCAGCCUGGACAGAUUUCUGGCUGUGGUACUACCUAUAAGGUCACAGUCAGUUAGGAAGGCUAUGUAUGCAAAGGUAGCUGUUGGCAUACUCUGGGUGACAGUUAUUGUGUCUACGAGUCCUAUACUUUUCUUGAAAAAGAAUAUGACCAACAACUCAACUGGUGUCUGCAACAUGCUGUACUUAGAAAAGACAUCGCCCACAGCUUUGAUUUCCACUGUUGUGGCAUUCAUCAUUCCCCUCACCACCAUAGUGGUUUCCUACAUACUGAUUUUGAUGAAACUAAGGACACUGACGCAACACGAGGAACGACCAGUAAAAGACAAAGCUAUAAAAAUGAUCAUUCUCAUUGUGAUGAACUUCCUGUUUGCAUUUGUGCCCUACCAUGUGAGCAGAGUCAUCUACAUCAAAAGCCACAGUAUUGGCCAACUGACUGCAGCAAGCCGUGAGUCACUGGGAAGAGCCAAUCGGAUUACAUCUGCACUGACCUGUGUUAGUGGUGUACUGGAUCCUGUGAUGUAUUUUUUCCUGAACCGUGCAUACAGGGACAAAUUGCUUCAGCUGUUCUGUAAAAACAGGGAAGAUGAUCAAUAAGUAACAAAUAUGGACACUAUUUUUACAUGUACAUAAAUGCAUUCAACCUUGGUUCAACUUGGUGAUUUCUGAAGUGGGUUACAAAGUAAUUCAAAGUAAUGCAGAGGAAGUAAUAAUUAUUCCUCCUAUUUACCGAUGAUUUUAUGACUUGAAUUCUUUGCUCAGUACUGUUCAACAUAAACAUGCUGUUUGGAGAACCUUAGUAGGUCAAAUAUGCUGCUCUGGUUGUGUUUUAG